AUGCGUUUCUCCUCCGUCGCCACCGGCUUAGCCCUCCUCUCCAGCGCUGUGGCCCACCCAGGCCAUGAUCUUACCGAAGAGAUUGCUGAGCGCCGCGCUUUCUUGAGCACUGUCAAGCGCGCCAACCUCGGACACUGUGCAGACAAGCUCGCGGCCCGCGGUGUCACGGCCCGCAACAUUGCCCGUCGCGCUGCUCAGGUUGAGCAGGCCCGCCAGAAGCGCAACAUCAAGAAGCGUGAUGCCACUUCCGUCCUUGCUGCUAGCCACAACCAGACCGAUCUUGGCUACACCCUGAACACCGACGCCGCCACCCUGUUUUCUGGCAACAACUCUUGCGUCCUAACCCCUGAAGUCACCCAGGGACCUUACUACGUCUCUGGCGAGUUGGUCCGCCGUAACAUCAUCGAGGAGCAGGAGGGUGUCGAUAUCGUUCUUGACUACCAGGUCAUUGACGUUGAGACCUGCGAGCCCGUUCCCAAUGUCUACCUCGAGAUGUGGCACUGCAACUCUACCGGCGUAUACAGCGGCAUUGUCGCUAAUGGCAACGGUGACUCCUCUGACGAGUCCAACAUUGACAACACUUUCCUCCGCGGCAUCCAGUCCACUGACGAGGAUGGUGUCGCCCAAUUCGAGUCCAUCUUCCCUGGUCAUUACACUUCCCGCGCUACCCAUAUCCACCUGUUGGUCCACACCAACGCCACGCUCUACUCCAACAACACCCUCGGCAACGAGAUUAGCGCCAGCCACGUCGGCCAGACCUUCUUCGACCAGGACCUCAUCUCUGCUGUCGAGGCCUUUGCCCCUACAACACCAACACCCAGGAGCUUACCACCAACGCCGAUGACGGCAUCUUGA